UCUAUAUAAAGGCAACCACUUUGAUCGCACCAAUUAGUCAAACACAAUAUUUGGAGCGCGUAUAAUCCGUGCGAUUUUUUUUGGACAACAUGUUGUCCCGAAAAAGUCCUCUUUUACUCGCGGUAGGAAUUCUAGUGAUAUAUGUGAAUACUGAAAUCGUAAACUCAACCAACGUGCGGUCUAAUAUUUGGCAUGACGGUCCCAUUAAUUGCUACACUUGCGAUAGUGAAGAUGAAUGUGCGCUUGGCAACGGUGUCAUCCAAAAAUGUGAGAAUAAUGAUGACCAAACAUGUGUAAUAGUUUUCAGUGAAAAAGGGAUAGUAAAUCAGAGAGGAUGUAGCGAUAAAAUUAUUUCCUCUCAAAACGGCAGCUACUGCAGCAAAAACCCAGACAGAUGCCCUACUUGUUCAUCUUCUGCCUGUAAUGAGGCAACAUCUAUGGACGGAUUCAUAGAGUGUGUGGCUUGCGACUCAAGUUUGGACAAGAACUGUGCAUUAAACCCUGCCGAUAUCAUUGCAAGAACCUUAUGUUUUGGAAAUUGCAUGACAGCUCUUUAUCCUACAAGUAAGACUGACAACCCCAGCUACAGUUUGGUGAGGUCCUGCUUAAAUGAUCGCGACAUUGAUGAUCAAAAAGCAUGCUUAAAUGGAAAUGAUCGUAUGUGUCAUACAUGUAAUCAACCUCAUUGUAACGUCAAUAUUAUGCCCGAAGUAAGGCAUUCGUGUUACCGCUGUUCCGGCGAUGAUUGUGAGGAUCCCGUUCGUGAAGAGUGUCCCAAGUAUAAAGAAGACGAUCAUUGUUUUAUGCGUUUUGAGGAGGGUAACAAUGACGCAAUCGAACUGGGUUGCUUGUCAGACUUCGAUUCCGAAGAAGCAGUUAUAGAUCUUGUAAAGCAAAAAGCUUUGUACAUUUGUGAUGGGAUGAAUUGUAAUGGAUUUGAACAUUUACCCAAAACUUUUGAAUGCAGCAAUUGUUCGUCCGUGAAUGCUGAGGCGUGCGCUACAAAUCCAGCGGCAAUAACCGCCCCGAAAAAAUGUAUUACAAUGCCCUACACUCAAUGCUACCAACGUAUAAAUGGAAUAGCCACGGAGCGCGGAUGUCUUUCAGAUUUAGUAGGGGAUGAAUUCUACAACUGCUUAAUCGGCUCAGAUGACAAAUGCCAGAUCUGCGAGGGCAACAACUGCAAUGAAGAGAUUAUUCCUGAGGAUCGUCUGCGUUGCCAUCGAUGCAACUCGAAUUCUGAUGCAGCUUGUCACACUUCUCCUGCCACCUCUUCGGUAUGUCCCUCGUACAGUGACAAUGAUGCUUGUGUUGCUAGCUACGAAAAUGGCGUAACAAAACGUGGUUGUCGAUCAGAGUUCACGUGCGUAGAGGACUCAAAGGGCUGUGAAAUAUGUGUUGGAAAUAAUUGUAAUACAGCCAAUUUAAUGAAACGUGUAGAAGAAAUAUAUGGUGUCUUCCAGGACCUACCUCUCAACUGCAACACAUGUGUUGGAGACGAGUGCAAAACCGGUGUCCGUAAUCCCAGAAAAUGUGAAGGUGAUCCUUACCAGGACUGUAUGACGAUUUUUAAUAUCAAAGGAGAAGUUAUUCGUCGUGGCUGUGAAAACCUUGUUUUAGAAGAAUACCUUUCGCAUUGCAAUGAUAAUCCAGAUCUUUGUUUUAAUUGCAAAUCGAAUGGUUGUAACGAUAUGACAGACCCAUUUACUAAUCAAUUGUGUCUGUACUGCGAUGCUUCAAAUAACUCCCAAUGUUUAUUUAAUCCCGAUGCCGUUACAUCUACAAGAAAAUGCACCCUCGGUUGUAUUUCCUCUCUUUAUCCUCGCAAAUCCAAUCCAAAAGUUUACGAUUUUGUACGGACUUGUUUGGAAGACAUUGAACCAGACAAUAGGGAAAGUUGCACUGAAGAGAAUAACUGUCUAGUCUGUUCUGACGAAAAGUGCAAUACUGCAAUUUUACCAGAGACUGGUCGUCUUUCCUGUAAUCACUGCGAAGGUAAUAACUGUAAUGCCCAAGUGUCAAAACCGUGCGAAGGUUAUGCCGCAGACGAUCAAUGUUACAUGUAUUUCGAUAAUGUUACCCACAGUGUUGUCAAAAUGGGAUGUCGCAGUGAAUUAACAAUCACUGACAUCUUAGCCGAUAUCAAGCAAUACUUUAUUUGUGACGGCGAUAAUUGUAAUGAAUACGAUAAACUUCCUGAAGCCAGAUUUUGUUAUGCUUGUAAUUCGGAAAAUGAUGUGAGAUGUGCUACGGACCCAUCCCAAGUAACUACCAAAGAUAGGUGCCAGAACUAUCCAUACACAGAAUGCUAUACUCGAAUACGCGAUGAUGGUCAUACUGAACGUGGGUGCAUUUACAACUUGCCCACUGAAAUAUUCGUUGCCUGUAACACUGGCGAUCCCGAUUCCAAUUGCAGAAUCUGUGCUGAAAAUGAAUGCAACAAAAACAUAUAUCCAUCCAGCAGACAACAAUGCCACCGUUGUAAUUCGUUAAUCGAUGUCAAUUGUGAAGGUGAGCCUAAUUCCGUUCAACCGUGUCCACUUUUUGUUAAGAAUGAUGCCUGUGUCACACAAUGGGUUGAUGGCGUAACACGCCGCGAUUGUGCUACAGAACUAAAUUGCGAUGGACUCAAUAGAAAGAACUGUCGACAGUGUUCUGAAUUUGGAUGCAAUGAUAUAAAUUUAGCCAAUGAGGACAUUGGAAAAGUAGGAGUAUUCGCUGACCUCCCGUUAACAUGUUAUCACUGCAACGGCACCGAAGAAUGUCAACAAUCCAUCGGAAACUUGAACGUUUGCACAAAUAACAUUCAUCAAACAUGCACUGUGGUUUUCAACACCGAAGGUAAUGUAAUUCAACGUGGAUGUAGCGACAUUGUUGAUCAUGUUUGUACGGAGGCUGGAAAUGUAUGUUACGACUGUAAAUCUACGGGUUGUAACACUGCAAAGAAAGAACUUGAUUAUAUAAAUUGCAUUUUUUGUGAUAGCCAGAGUGAUGUUGAAUGUACUUUUAAUGCAAAUAACAUAACACGUACACGGAAAUGCCAAGGGGGUUGUAUGACAGCACUUUAUCCGCGCACCAAAGACGACGUCCCAGUAUAUGAGCUUAUGCGAACUUGCCUGGAUGAUAAAAAUUUAGAUGACCGCCUAAGCUGUGAGGCCAAAGAGGAUCCCCAAUGUAAAUCUUGUUCAGAGGAAAACUGCAACAAAGACCAAGUGGGUUUGCAUAAGUCUUGCUAUCAAUGUAUAGGAAAUGAAUGCCAAAAUGCUCAAGCUCAGUUAUGCCGAUCGGUUAUGAACAACGAUCAGUGCUUCGUGCAGUUCGAUGAGAGUGGUUCCGUUAUCGAACUAGGCUGUAAGAGCAAAUACGAUCCUUCAGAAGUAGUGACUCUUGUGACAGCAAAACUUUUAUGGUUGUGUGACGAUGAUAAUUGUAACCACAUUGAUAAUUUACCACAGUCGCAGUCCUGUACUUUGUGCAAUUCCUUGUCAGAUACCGAAUGUUCAACCAAUCCAGAACAUGUUGUGUCGUAUACGACAUGCAAUUCACUGCCUUAUUCCCACUGUUACUCCCGCAUUUUACAGAGCGGUCACACUGAACGUGGAUGUCUCUCAAAUUUGGAAAACGAAGAGUUUUACAACUGUUUGUACAACAAAAACGAUGUGGAAUGCCUGUCCUGCGUUGGCGACAAGUGCAAUAACAUGAUAUAUCCCAAUGGUCGCACAACUUGCCAUAUUUGUUCGUCAGCUGACUCCACGACAUGUGAAACUAUGCCAGACUCGUCGGAAGUGUGUUUGAGAUACAUUCCAAAUGACAGCUGUGUAACCAUUAUUGAUGAUAAUGGAUUCACGGUACGUGGUUGUAGUUCUCAAAUUCCAUGCGACGAGUCUGAUCCGACUAAUUGCCAGAAAUGUGAUGGAAACGAUUGUAAUACGGUCAACUUAAUGCGCAAGUCUGACGCGAAACCUGGAGUAUGGCAAAAUCUACCACUGACUUGCUUGACAUGUUCCAAUGUGGACGAAUGUAAAACGGGGUAUUCUCAAGAGAUUUGCAAUGGCAAAGAACAUUGUAUGACGGUUUUCAACAACAACGGUGAAGUUAUUAAACGAGGAUGUAGCGGCUCUGUUGAAGAAGAACAAGGUCCUUAUUGCGACGUCAACCACGAAAACUGCUUUAACUGCAAUUCUAAUUUAUGUAAUAACGCCACCUCUCUAUUCGAAUAUAACGAUUGCAUUUAUUGUGAUUCAGAAAGCAAUAACAAAUGCGCCCUCAAUCCCGAAGUUGUGGCAAGACGACGAAAAUGCAAUGGUGCCUGUAUGACAGCUUUGUAUCCAAUUGCAAAUAGCUCAGUUUAUGGAGUUGUACGAUCAUGUUUGGACGACAAAGACAUAUCCGACCAGGAUGUUUGCGCAUCUGGGUUAGAUAGCGAGUGCAAAUCUUGUUCUGGCUCCGCUUGCAAUGUUGAAAUUAUUCCCGAGUCUCGACUUUCCUGCUACGCUUGUAUUGGUGAGAAUUGUGUAGAUGCGAAUGUCGGUUAUUGCCCCAAAUAUAAACCAAAAGACCAGUGUUUUAUUCUCUUUGAUGAUAAAAGUGACGUCGUACAAAUGGGUUGUGUCAGUGAUUUAGACGAUAGUUUUGUAUCAAACAACAUUCAUCGUUUAUAUACUUGCAACUCAAAUAACUGCAAUGGUUACGAAAAUAUACCCAAAACAACCAUGUGUGCCGAAUGUAAUUCAAAUGAUGACCCCGAUUGUGCUUUAAUGCCACAAAAUGUGCCAUCAAUUACUCAAUGUACUUCUAGACCAAAUACUCAAUGCUAUACUAAAAUUAAUAACGAUGGUUCAACGGAACGUGGGUGUGUAACCAGUCUUAGCUAUUCUGACAUGAUUAGUUGUCUCAGCGGAAAUUACAACAAAUGCAGUACCUGUGAGAGUGAUCGGUGUAAUAUACAGGUUUUCCCUCCAGACCGUCGUCGUUGCCACCGUUGUAACACCAAAGAUGACCCAGAAUGUGAAAGUUUGCCGGAUUCUGCAUCAGUCUGCCCUAUUUAUGAUAGUGAUCAAUUUUGCACAACAAAAUUAGUAAAUGGUCAUACAUACCGGGGUUGCAGCACAGAAUUUCAAUGUAAUGAUGACGACAAACAAUAUUGUCGCCAAUGCUUUGAAUCGGACAAUUGCAACGUGGUUGAUUUGGCUAGCAGCAACAUCGGAUAUCCCGGAAAAUGGCAAGGUGUCCCAAUUAACUGUUAUAGCUGUGAAGGUUGGGAAUGCCAAACUUUAAGUUUAGGAGUAAUUGGAAAGUGCGAAAAUAACAACAAACAAAAUUGCGCAACUGUAUUCGCUGCUAAUGGUACAGUGAUACAACGCGGUUGCUCCGAUGUUAUUUACAAUAGCGAAAGACUUAGUUACUGCGACAAAAAUCCUUCACUGUGCAAGUUCUGCAAAUCCAGUGGAUGCAAUACAGCCAUCAGCAUCAACGAUUAUGUCGACUGUAUUUUCUGUGACGGCAGCGUAGAUUCCGACUGUAUUUUCUAUCCUGAAACUAAAACACAUACUCGUUCUUGUCACAAGAACUGUAUGACAGCAUUAUAUCCACGUACCAACGAAGAUAACCCAGCGUAUGAAUUGUCUAGAAGUUGUCUAGAUGAUCUCGAUUUGGAUGACCGUGAACAAUGUCAGUCGGGCAUUAGAGCCAAUUGUAAAUCUUGCAGCGAAGACAAGUGCAAUAACGUCAUAGUUCCAGAGACGCGGCUUAAAUGCAACGUAUGCCACGGAAAUGAAUGUGAGGAAUACAUUUCCGCUCAAUGCACAUCUUAUCGUGAAAACGAUAAAUGCUUUACGUUGUUCGAUGAGGAAAGCAAUAUACAAGGUAUGGGAUGCGCUAGCGACUUGGAUAACUCAUUCAUAUCGUCGAAUCGUCGCAAUUUAUUAUUGUGUGAAGGAGAUAAUUGUAACGAUGUUCUUAACUUACCACAACCUCCAUCGUGCAGAUGGUGCAGUUCCGACAAUGACCCGGACUGUGCCUCAAGUCCUUCAACGACAACAGCCACCGUCUGUCAUUUAUACCCUAACACAGAAUGUUAUAUGGCUGUUGACGAAGACGGUGUUACACGUCGAGGAUGUCUCUCAGAUGUGGAUGAAGAAUUAUUUAACGAUUGCACCAGUGGCGUCAGCACAAAAUGUAAAAUUUGCAGUUCAAAUGAUUGUAACAGCGCAAUCUUCCCCGAAGAGCGCCGAAGUUGUAUUCAGUGUGACUCCUCACUUUUUUCUGCUUGCGAGGACAACGCCAUCCAAUUCGCUCAAACAUGUGUGCUAUACCGGGAGAAUGACAGCUGUGUUACUAAACUAGAAGGGGAUCGUACUCUACGAGGUUGCGCAUCAGAUUUCACUUGUGACACUAGCAGUCGGGAAACUUGUCGAAUAUGUAAUGCGACCGAUAAUUGCAACACAGUUAAUUUGUUGGGAUUGUCCGUGGGAACACCAGGAAAAUGGCAAGGAUUGCCACUUAAUUGCUAUGCCUGCGAAGGGCUGGAAUGUGCUGACGGAAAUGGUAUAAUAAACGUAUGCGAAGGCAACAAUUUACAAACUUGUACCACUGUCUUCGGACUUAAUGGCUCCGUAGAAAAGCGUGGAUGUAGUGACACAAUCAGUAUUUCCCACGGUGAUUUCUGCGAUCAAUAUCCAGACCGCUGCUUAAACUGUAAAUCGAAUGGGUGUAACACCGGUAAUUCUUUGGAUGACUUCACAGAUUGUUACUUUUGUGAUUCUGCAUUAGAUGCAAAUUGUUCUACAGCAUUCGACGAGAAAAAGAUUAGGACACGUAAGUGUCACGGCGAUUGCAUGGUAGCAUUGUACCCCCGAUCAAGUAGUAGUGAUCCUGCUUAUGAAUUAGCUCGUACAUGUUUGGAUGAUUUGGAUUUAGAUGAUAGAGAUGCUUGCUCCAAUGAUCAAAAACAGUUCUGCAAAGCUUGCAGCGGAUCACGAUGUAAUACAAUGAGUUUUCCCGAGGAUCGCUUCGAAUGCUAUACAUGUCUCGAUAAUGAUUGCGAAGAUAUGGACAUUAAACAAUGUAAUGCGUAUCACCCUAACGAUCAAUGCUAUAUUCUUUUCAACGAAGAAAACUCUAUUAUUAGCAUGGGAUGUCGUAGUGAAUUUGAAGCGGAAGUUGUGACUGAACUGCUAAAACAAAAGAAAAUGUUACUAUGCAACGAAAAGGGAUGCAACUCCCCACAUUCCAUUCCUUCGCCUAAGUAUUGUUCCGUAUGUUCUUCAGAAAAUAAUUCCCUCUGUGCUACUAAUCCCAAUUUGGUUGGAAAUAUGGAACGCUGCUCUUCAUUACCAUACACCGAAUGCGUAACUCGUGUUAAUAACUAUGGUCAUACCGAACGUGGUUGUUUGGGAUCGCUUCAAAAUGAUAUAUUUUUCGGCUGUCUAAUGGGCACUGAUAAUUUGUGUGAAACUUGUGUGGGAGACAAAUGCAAUGAAAUUGAUAUAUAUCCCACAAAUCGCAGGAAAUGUCAACAAUGUAGUUCGGCUAUAGAUCCACUUUGUGCUUCAUCCCCGGAUAACAAUAAAGUUUGUCCUCUAUAUGACGAAAACGACUCUUGUGUAACGAAUUUCCGAAAUGGUAUUACUACUAGAGGAUGCUCAUCUACAAUGAAAUGUGAUGAUCCCGAGAAUAAACGCACAUGUCGAACUUGUGACACCGACGGUUGCAAUACCGUAAAUUUAGAAAGAAACAGUGAGAAUGGUGAACCUGGGCGGUGGCAAGACUUGCCAAUCACCUGCUACUCCUGCAAAGGAGAAGAGGAAUGUUUCAGUAAGGGAGAUUUCCGAUCAUGUUUAAACAAUCCCUUCCAAAAUUGUAUGACAGUAUUCAGCAAUGAUGGCAAAGUCAUUCAGAGAGGUUGCAGUGACGUGGUGGAAGAAGAUCAGGGAUCAUAUUGCGAAGCCAAUCCAGGCAAUUGUAUGGCUUGUAAUUCGAAUGGCUGCAACGUUGCUAAUAGUUUGGACGAGUACAUCGAAUGCUUGGUCUGUGAUACCGACUCUGGUCCAGACUGUUCUAAUAAUAUCGGUAGUAUAGAAAAAACCCGAAAAUGCUACAAAUAUUGUAUGUCAGCUCUGUAUCCACUAUAUCAGGAGGCCAAUCCAUCGUAUGGUCUAGUAAGAUCUUGCUACGAUGAUAUGGAUAUUGACGACAGGGAUAGUUGUGCAGCUGGCAACAAGGACUACUGUCAAGUAUGUGAAACUGAAAAAUGCAAUACCAUCGAUAUGCCUCAGACGAGAUAUAGUUGCUACAUCUGUGAAGGCGAUUCUUGUCAGGAUCCUAAAAUCCAGCAAUGUCCAACAUAUCGCCCUGAUGACAAGUGUUACGUUCUCUUUGACGAAAAACAAUCCAUUGUUGCUCUAGGUUGUCGCAGUGAAUUUAGCAAUGAAGAUGCAGAUAAUUUGCUGAAACAAAAGCGUCUUCACAUUUGUGAGGGUCCGACUUGUAACCACAUCAAUAGCUUGCCUACUGCUCAUGUUUGUAAUCUAUGCAACUCGCGUACUGAUAAAAACUGCGCUGUCAAUCCAUCUGAAAUUACAGGCUAUACGACAUGCGCAGCCUUGCCUUUCACGGAAUGCUACUCUCGUGUUUUACCAGAUGGUGAAACCGAACGCGGUUGCUUGUCUAAUUUAUAUGAUGAAGAAUUCAUGACCUGCUUAGAUGGUACAUCGAAGGUCUGCGAAAAGUGCAUUGGAGAUAAAUGCAAUAGCAAGAUCUUCCCCGAAGACCGACUUAAGUGCCACAUUUGUGAUUCCUCAAUUGAUCCUAGUUGCGAGAAUGCCCCCGAUAACCUUGGCUUAUGUCCACUACAUAAUAACGAUGACACUUGCGUGACUGUAUUCCGCAACGGUUUUACUUAUCGCGGAUGUAGUUCUUCCUUGGUAUGUGACGCAACAAACCCCAGAAAAUGUAUCAAAUGUUCCGGUGAAGGAUGUAAUACAAUAAAUUUGGCUAAGAAACAAGACGACAAUUAUGGAAAGUGGCAAGACCUUCCAUUGACUUGCCUUGAAUGCACAGGAUCAGAAUGUAAUUCUUCUGAAACCACAAAGUCUCUUUUCUGCGAUUUAAAUAAUGAACAGGACUGUAUGACUGUUUUCGAUAACAGUGGUAAAGUUGUUCGACGUGGUUGCGCAGAUAUAGUCGAAAGUGAAUACGGAACAUACUGUGAUGCAAAUGAAGACAAAUGUUUAAGUUGCAAAUCAAAUGAAUGUAAUUCUGCGAAGUCCCAAUCAGAAUUCACCGAAUGUAUUUAUUGCGACUCUAACAAAAAUCUCGAUUGCAUAUUUAAACCCUUAAGCCCAGACCAUAAAGUUAGAAAAUGCCAAGAUGGCUGCAUGACAGCCCUGUAUCCUUCGGAUAGUUCUCAUAACCCAUCUUACGAUUUAAUACGGACGUGUUUGAACGACAAAGAACUUUCCGAUCAACUUGAAUGCUCAUCUGGCAACGAUGCAACAUGCAAAGCUUGUACUGGGGAAAAAUGCAAUGUGGACAAUGUUCCAGAAAAACGUUUUACAUGUUACACUUGCGAGGGAGAGAACUGCGUGGAACCAGUUAUUCAAUUAUGUCCACUAUACAAAGAAUUUGAUCAAUGCUUUAUUAAAUUUGACAACACAAACAGCAUAUCUGAAAUGGGAUGCGUGAGCUCAUUCCGCAACCAGCCGUUGGAAAAUAUAAUUAAAACUAAACGAGUUUCCGUGUGCAAUGGCCCCAAUUGCAAUUCACUCGACACUAUUUCGAAAGCACAAAAAUGUGCUAUAUGCGAUUCAGGUGAAGACAUAUCCUGUGCUGUCAACCCAGUAGAAAUUGCAUCCUUCAAGUCAUGCAACAUGCUGCCCUAUACUGGAUGUUUCUCGAUAUUAACUGAAAGUGGCCACACGGAGAGAGGUUGUUUGGCGGAUUUACCAGAUGAUGAGUUUACUGCUUGUGUUUUAGGUAACGAUGAAAACUGCGGAGUUUGCAGUGGGGAUGGGUGUAAUCGAGAUAUAUUCCCCGUCAAUCGUCAACAAUGCUUCACGUGCACAUCAGAGGAAGAAUCCAAUUGUGAAUCAUUCCCAACGUCAAAAUCACCUUGUCCAAUAGUGAGUGAGUCCGAAUCCUGCAUAACAGCUCUAAAGGGAAAUGUAACAGUUCGUGGUUGCAGUAGUAAUCUCUAUUGUGACUCGGGAGAUAGUUCCACCUGUCGAUCAUGCUUCAGCUCUGAAUGUAAUUCAAUUGAUUUAGUUAACCAAGUGGACGACGGCUACCAUGGCGUUUGGCAAUCUCUCCCUCUUCGCUGUUUUACAUGUGAAGGGCAACAAUGUCUUAAUUCUCUUGGUUCAACGAAAACGUGCUCCAGUCGAAAUUAUAAUCAAGACUGUAUGACUGUUUUCAAAUCCAAUGGGGAAGUUGAUCGACGUGGAUGUUCGGAUGAUGUUGAAGAUUACAGAGACUUAUACUGUCGUCAGAAUCCAGAUUUAUGUUUCAAGUGCAAGUCGAACGAGUGCAAUGUGGCAUGGAGUAUAGAAGAUUAUGUUGAAUGUGCAUUCUGCGAUUCCUUCAAAGAUUCGCUCUGCACAAUAAAUCCAAGUGGUUCUGGUUUUGCUUCAAGAAUAUGUUACAAAAAGUGUAUGGUUGCAAUGCUAGAUCAACGUGUUAUACGCUCAUGCUUAGAUGAUAAAGAAUUGAGGGUUCAAAACGAAUGCAAUGAAUCCGAAAACAGUGAGUGCGUCAGUUGCUCAAAUGCCAAUUGCAACAAAUUUGUGUUCCCUCUUGAUCGCUUGAAGUGUCACACAUGCACCGGAACUUCAUGCACCAGUAGUACAGGACAAUAUUGUGAAAUUUAUAGCAAACAGGACUACUGUUUUGCUAAAUAUGAAAGCGGCAAGGUUGAUUUGCUAGGCUGCGCCUCUGCACAAAAUGCGAGUGAUUUGGCACAAUGGGAGGCUCAAAACAAACUGCAUAAAUGCGAAGGUCUAGAAUGUAAUGAAUUAUCACGUUUACCCACUGAAAGUGAGUGUCUUGUCUGCGACUCCAGCAAGACUCCAAGCUGCAGUCAGAACCCUACACACAUAAAUACCACUCAAACUUGCUUGGCACCAAAAAGCCAGUGCAUGACUCACAUCAAUUCUGAUGGGCAUACUAUCAGAGGUUGUCUCAGCAGUUUAAGCGAAGAUGAACAGUCAUGCGUGGCUGCUGGUACGUGUGUAGUCUGCUCUGGCUCCAAAUGUAACAAUGAGAUUUUCCCAACCAAUAGACGAUCCUGUCAUAUCUGCAAUUCAGUCGCUGACAAGGAUUGUAUUUCCAAUCCAAAUAAUCCUCUUAUAUGUCCUAUCUAUGUAGUAAACGAUAGUUGUGUAUCGACGCUCUCGGAUGAUGGCAUAGUCACUCGUGGCUGCGCAUCUCAAGUUACAUGUGAAAAAGAUGAUAGUGACUACUGUGAAUCUUGCAAUUCUAACAAUUGUAAUACUGGAGAAUUAAAGGGUUCGGGAUCGCUGGUCACUCAAAGCUUACCUCUAACGCUGCUCUUAGCAGUUGUGUCCUUUAAUAGUGAACAGGAAAUAACUAAACGCGUAUUGAUGCAAAAUCGAUACUAAAUUUAAAUAUUAAAUCUUAAGUGUUAAUUCCAGAGUUUUGAAAAUGUUUUACUCAUGUUUUUACAACUUUUCUACCAUAACAAAUAUAAUAUUUUAAUUCGAAACGAAAGUAAAAUUUUAAAAGUUUGCACGAACUUUAAUAACGAAUCCUACUAAAAAGUCAAUAAAUCUGAAGUUAUGCCUAUAUAAUUCAUUCGGUAUAAACCAUAAAAGCACGCAUAGGAAUAUAUACCUGAUAAAUACAUUUGGAAGUGGUUACACGUAGGUAAUUAUUUCACUGGUUCUUUUGCACGAGUUCAAAUAAAUCUUGAAACAACCUUUUUCAUAACAUUUGAACAGGUUAAGAUGAAGUAUUAUAAAAAAUGCGAUGCUCUUCUCCACACUUGGAAGAGUUUAAAUGGAAACAUGACUUAUCCGAUAGUUUCGAACAUCUUUAUUUGUUCUCAGAAUUACGAACACAAAUCAACCCGAUCACACAGCUUUAUUCAUGAUACAUUUAUACUUUUUUUUAUUUUUGAAUAGAUUUUGAACCAAAUCACAUUUACUGUGUAUUGAUAUAAGCAAAAGAACUAAUUGCAUUUCCUUUAUUUAAUUUGGCUUUAUAAAUUGUAUACUAUUCAUUAAUGUUUUCUGCUUUAUCUGAAAAUUUUAACAUUAUCAACACAGUUGAAUAUUUUCUAUAUCUCCACCAUAUAAAAUUGGUCAUUCAGUUUGAAACACCUCUAAAUAUUCAUCGUAGAGCUCACCAAGUAUAUAUAUUCAUAACCAGUUUGAAAUUUUUAGUCGACUUAAAGAUGUCCAUCUGUCUGUUAAAAUCACGAUAGGUCGGUUAGUAUUGAAAAUGAGGUUUAUCGAUCCAUUUUUUCGAAUAGCUCAUUUUUUUACAAAUUUGAUGUUAAGAGUUCGUAACGAGGUCUACCGCGGAUGGUAUUUUUGGAUAUUCGGUAUGUUAACGAUUUCCUAGCGGAUUUAUGGUAGUUCGGACCCAUUUGUGACACUGAAUUUAAAAAUGCUUUCUGGCUGUAUAGAAGCGUAAUUAAACCUAUUGUAUCAUAAGCGUCAGUAGUCUGGUUGACAGCAAUAGAUAAAAAAUUCAAUGUCAAAAUCUUGCAGAAAGUUUAAAGAAUGUGUUGCCUUUCCUAUAUAUACACCCAAGGUGUAUUUAUAAGGAGUAUACACCAGCUACAACAACUGACAUUUUAUAAUAACAACGUUGUUGUUAUAGAAACUAUAAAGACAUUCUGACAAUUGAAUUUCACAAAAAAAAACAAACUGUAAUAAUAAAAGCAAUUUGCUUUCUUUAAAAAUAUUUCUUUAAUAUAAACGCUGCAAAUUCUUGUUAGAAUAUUACUCUAGAAGCAAACGUUACCUGCGAAACAUUUGUAGUAUCGGUCAAUUAAUUAGAAUACUUCGAUAUAAAGGCAGUCGCCAAAAAUGGGCAUUUGAAGAAAGUAACUACUAAUUUCACACGUAUAUUUUGUGUUUAUUGAAAUAUUUCGUUAAGAAAUAUUAGAUUACAGAAAGGUCUUAAUUCUUAUUUUUUGCGUAUGUCAGUUUGAUUCAGUUUAUUGACAAUUUUAAAACCGUUUUCAAGUAUCCUUUUUUAGUAUUUUAUUUAAUAGUUUUAUUAUAUGCCAGCAUAUAACAGCAUAUACAAUUAUUGUUUAUUUUAAGCAGGCCAAUAACCUAAAUAAAAAAGAAAUGUUUGGUUUCACAUUGCAUACAUUAUUGGCUCAAGUAAAUUAUGCUUACUUUACAUUUAAUGCUAGUUUUAGUGACAUCCAAAAUGUGUAAAUAGCAAGCAAAAAUAAAUAUUCUUUGUAGAUUGCAAGAAAUUGUAAACAUACACAAUUCAAGUGUUGUGUAUAUCUACCUUUCUUUACAUUAAUAAACAUUUAUUUUAGUGACCCCGACGUAAUCCUGGCCAGAAUCAAUCAAACUUCCCCACCAGUGGUAAGGUAUUUGACACUUUUACUGGUGAAAGGAGGAAACUACUUUCGCAAAAAAGCAGCAAAUUUCAAGAGCCAGAAUAAUCUGGAACAUGAUCAACGAGCAGAUCUUGCCACAAUAGCAAAAAAUGUGGUAUCUCAAGUCCAACGUGACUGGGGAAGCCGAGAAGUUCAUGAGGCACCUCGAGUUAACUGAGGCGAAUUACGACAGUGUUCAUGAAUCGUUAUUGGCACUGGGGGUCCUGGAAUAAAACCGAAAGAAUAGGAUUCACCCUUAACCCACAUCCUAACAAAGAGGAUGGACAAGACUAUGAGCAGUCGAUUGUGGAUAUCAAAGAACUCCAAACGAUAUACCAGCAGCUUCGGUUGAUUCAACAACGAACCGUAUGUGCAACGGUAAUCACCCCCUAUAUUAUUGCAAGCAGUCCUUGGCAAUGACAGAGUCCGAAAGACAGAAAUGGGUUUCUAGAAAAAAGAUGUGUUUGAAUUGCUUUAAGGAUAAAGCAAAACAUGUACAAAUGGGAUGUGCAGAAAGUAUCAACAAAAACACAAUACACUUUUUUAUAUUUCCACGAGGUCACAAGCUGAAAACCAGUCAGCAGUAGUGUCAGCUAAGAGACCCCUAAUAGUGGCAUCGGCGAAUUGACAUACUUGCUACCGCACGGGUUGCUUUCAAGGCCAAUAAUGGAAGAACCUAUGAGUUCAAGGCAAUUCUGGAUUCCGACUCACAGAUUUAUCUUGUGUCAGAACGACUUGUGCAGAGGUUGGGUAUCGAACCCAUUCAAGUAUCUUCCUGUAUCGAUGGCGUUGGCGGAAGAUCAAGAACAAACAAUAGAGUCAGCGUGGAACUUCAGUCGCUGACAAGCAAAUUCAGAACACGUCUAGAAGCUUUUGUGUUACCAAAAAUAGUGUCACCGCAAAUAAGCACUGGCAUCGACAUUACAUUAUGACCAAUUCCUGAAAACAUCAAGCUAGCAGAUCCCCGCUUUAAUCAAACGACAAGAAUUGACGUACUACUUGGAGCAGAGUCCUGCUUUAAUCUUAUUCCAUCACAAGAAAUUCGAAUAUGCAAAGAGCUUCCUAUAUUGAAGAUUUCUUAGCUAGGGUGGAUCAGAAGUUGACAAUAGCUGAAGAACAGUGUGAAAAUCGUUUCAACCAAAAUACAACAGUGAAUGAGUAUGGUCGUUUUGUGGUGCGAUUACCGUUUUCAGACGGUCCUGAGAAGAUAUCUGUUUCUUAUUUCACUUUUUUUUAUUUUUUCUUUAAUUAAAAGAUGUUGUUUUUAUUUA